CCGGCUCCCGUGUCCGGCUCGCGCCGCUCGGAGCUCCUCGGAGAGGUCGGUCCCGGCGGUCCUCGGGGCGGCGGGAGUCCUGCCUGGAGGGGCGUGGAGGCUUCACGGCCGUCGUCCUUCCCGUCCUCCUUCCCGCCGGCUCCGGAUGCCUGAGUUACAGGUGACUGAAUUUUCAAGCUGCAGAAUGCAUAGCACCUUACAAGGUUGGCCAUGAUGAGCUCCCCACAGAUGAAGGAAGAAGCUAAGGUGCUGGUUGUUCAAUUUGUGGGCGAUGAUGAUGUCCUCAAUCACAUUUUCGAUAGAGAAGGAGGAACUAAAAUAAAAAAGGAGAAAGCUCAGCUUUUGGUCAAUCCUCAGAAAAUAAUAAAGAAGCCAGAAUGUGAACUGGAGAAGAGUGACCAGGAAGUCCUAAAGGAUCAGAACUACGUGGAAGUUUUGGGAAGAAAUAUUCAAGAAUCCUUGAAAAAUGGCUCUGCUGUAGAUGGGAAUAAAGUUUAUUCUUUUCAAUCCAGAAAACAUUCUGAAGAAAUGACCAAAUUAGCUUUAGAACUAGCAAAAACGCCAAGAAAAGUUGUUGCGGUUGACUCAAAGAAUGAUCCUGACGUUAAGAAGAACGUCCCUCGGCAGAGCAAGGGGCAUUCUACUUCAGAGAAAGUUCAGCAGGAGAACAAUAGCAAAACUGAAUUCCUGUCAACACCACCUCGUAGUCUAAGAAAAAGAAUAAUAGUGCCCGCGUCUCACUGUGACACCGAGAGUGAAUACUCCGCCUCCAGCUCGGAGGAUGAUGGAGAAGAGGACACCACUGCCGUCGGGCUGUCCCAAAAGGGCCCAGCUCAGAGCAGAGGACCCCCAGCUCUUGCUCCCAAGGGGACGCCGCCUAAGAAGAUGAAAAGAGACAAAGCCAGUGACUUGGUAGAAGAAUAUUUUGAAGCCCACAGCAGUUCAAAAGUUUUAACGUCUGACAGAACCCUGCAGAAGCUGAGGAGAGCAAAAGUGGAUCAGAAAACUCUGCGUAAUUUAUUGAGCAAAUUUUCACCUUCCUUUUCUGCUGAAAUUGAACAGUUAAACCAACAGCAUGAGAAGUUGUUUCACAAAUGGAUGCUCCAGCUACACCUCGGGUUCAACAUUGUGCUUUAUGGCUUGGGGUCCAAGAGAGACUUACUAGAAAAGUUUCGAACCACCAUGCUUCAGGAUUCUGUUCACCUUGUCAUCAACGGCUUCUUUCCUGGGAUCAGUGUGAAAUCAAUCCUGAAUUCUAUAACUGAAGAUGUUCUCGGUCAUAUGGGUACUUUCCAGAGUGUUCCAGAUCAGCGAGACUGGAUAAUAAACAAGUUUAAAGAAGAUUCUUCUCUAGAACUCUUUCUUCUUAUCCACAAUUUGGAUAGCCAGAUGUUGAGAGGAGACAAUAGCCAGCAAAUUCUGGGCCAGCUGUCAUCUUUGCAUAACAUGUACCUUAUAGCUUCCAUCGACCACCUCCAUGCUCCUCUCAUGUGGGAUCAUGCAAAGCAGAGUCUUUAUAAUUGGCUUUGGUAUGAAACCACUACAUACCACCCUUAUACUGAAGAAACAUCCUAUGAGAAUUCCCUUCUGGUGAAACAGUCCGGAUCUCUACCCCUGAGUUCUCUGAUUCAUGUCUUAAGAAGCCUCACCCCCAAUGCACGGGGAAUUUUCAGGCUACUUAUAAAGUUCCAGCUGGAUAACCAGGACAGCCCCUCCUACACAGGACUUUCUUUUCAGGACUUUUACCAGCAGUGUCGCGAGGCCUUCCUUGUUAACAGCGAUCUCACUCUCCGGGCCCAGCUGACUGAGUUCAGGGAUCACAAGCUUAUAAGAACUAAGAAGGGAACUGAUGGUGUAGAAUAUUUAUUAAUUCCUGUUGACAGCGGAACAUUGGCUGAUUUCCUGGAGAAGGAAGAGGAGGAGGCUUAGACUGCCUCCUUUAGGUGGAAGAGUCUUGUACCCCAGCUGCCGCUCUUAGUAAGAAUGCUGGUUUACGUUUAGCACUAGAUCAUUCUGUCCAACACACAAGAUUGACUAUUGAAGGCUAUUGAAGGGGCAGAUCAUCAACUUUGAACUUUGAUUAGGCUGGCUGGAUUACUGUCUCUAAUACUGUGCGGUGUCAUCGAGUUGGGGGGAAAUGUGCCUUUAAUUUAUUACCUCUCUGGAGACUUGUUGCUGGAUGAACAGUGUGCUCAGGGAUUAUUUGGAACUGGAUGUUUUGGAUUAUUUUAUACUGAAUGCUAUCCCUAAUUUUUGAGGGCCGUUUAACGCUCCCUGAGCUGAAUUCCUACAAGUGCACUUGUUUCAGAUGUGGAAGCACAAAGAUGGGGUGACAGAGCUCGUCAGGAGGGCGGGCUUCACCUGCUUUCUCUGAAGUGAUAAAGAUGGGGUCACACAGAGCUCGUCAGGAGGGCGGGCUUCACCUGCUUUCUCUGAAGUGAUAAAGAUGGGGUCACACAGAGCUCGUCAGGAGGGCGGGCUUCACCUGCUUUCUCUGAAGUGAUAAAGAUGGGGUCACAGAGCUCGUCAGGAGGGCGGGCUUCACCUGCUUUCUCUGAAGUGAUAAAGAUGGGGUCACAGAGCUCGUCAGGAGGGCGGGCUUCACCUGCUUUCUCUGAAGUGAUAAAGGUAUCCAGUGGGCUGAGAUGGCCCGCUACACAUGCCCAGGACAGGUGGGGCUGUUAAACUGAGGUGGAGGGAGAAGUGUAAGGAACCGAUAGGGCGUGUGCCAACCAACACAGCAUAUUUAGUUCAGUUAGUAUCUACCAUCACCUUGAUUUUAUGAUACAAACGGGAAGCCAGGCUUAAAAAUAAAAUCCCAAUUUACACGUUAAUAAUUGUUCUCAGGACAGCAGAAGAUAAAAACAUUUCACUAUUCUUGUACAUUGACAGUUUUUAUUUUCUUAAACAGCACGCAGGCAUAGCUGGCACACGCCUGUAAUCCCACUGUCAGGACUCAGAGGCAGGCAGACUGCUUCUUUCCUUCCCACACAACAGUAGCAAGACAUGAGCUCACAUUUGUGAUCCCAACACUAGAAGGGGAGGGAGGAAGCACGAGUUCUAGGUCAGUCUGAGCCACAGCGAUGCCUGCUUCAGAAAACAGCAGCCGCUAAAUAAAUGCACAGUGAUCACAUGA